AUGGCAACAAAAGAAUUAACAACCUCAACCCUUGUAACAAAUGGAAAAACACCUACCAAGACUGAUCAACCAACUACAACAAUCAAUUCCAGCACAAAUACAGAGGUCUCACCAAGUUCACCCUCUACAGUCCCUCCAAUAACUACUCAUUUCACUCAAACAUCUUCUGACCAAAACAGUGAAACAACAACAACAACAGGAACCAGCACAACUACUGUCACUGUGUCAACAUUAUCUACAACUCCUCAGUGUAAGGACUGUCAGUGUAUCGGGGGUACCUGUAAAUUCAACGUGACACUUGGAAGAUGUCACUGCCAAUGUCAAGAUUUUGUCUUUGGAGAUGUCUGCUCUUUUGGAAAGAACGACACCCCUGUUCAUAUUGAUACCGGAGCAAUUCCAACUCGAAAAGCAAAUAUUACUUUGACAAUUCAAAUCACUUUUCAGCCUGCUUUUAAUGAUCUAAGCUCACCUCAAUCUUUAGAAUUCAUUGAGAAAUUAGAACGGGAGCUUGAAGGGCUAUGCAAAGAAGCAGAUCCAGAAACCUUUAAAAAAGUACAAGUCAUCAAGUUAUCGUCAGGAAGUGUUGUUGCAGAGAGUGUGGCUGAGUACAUCUAUCCAAACAAUGAAACUCAAAUCCAAUUUGUCAACACUCAGCUUGAUGGAGUGUUGUUUAAUAUCUUGAAUGACACAAGUAACCUCAAAAAUAUAUCUCAGGCCUUUAAUUCAACUGUGCAGUUAAAUGGAUUCACCUUUCAGCUACCUGAGAUUACAAAUAUCACAGAUCUAAAGCCUUUUGUAAACUGCUCUCAGUUUGCUAAUUACACUGCUGAGAUUAGUAACGGUCUAUGGCAGUGUACUGGACCUUGCAAAACAAACCCUGAUUACUGUCAUCAACAUGGAGAAUGUGUUAAUAACAUUUACAAAGGGCCACUGUGUAGGUGCUUCGAGUCUAGCCUUGAGCAGUUUUAUGGACCACAGUGUGACCUCUUCCGUCGGGGUCCAGGUUUCUAUGGUGCACUCUUUGGAUCGUUGGCAGCAGCACUCUUGCUCUUGAUUAUCAUUGUCAUUGCUGUCAUUGUCAAAAAGAGACAUAUGGAUGUUUGGAGAAACAACUCCUACAACAGAAGACUGUCUGCCUUUGAGGAAGAUUUCUUUGACUUCUCUGAUACAGGAGAUCACAACUUGGGAUUUGCAGGCGCUUACACAUCAAAGGUUUUAGGCCACAGCUAAAAAAUGUUGACACCCAAUUGCAGGUCAAAACAAAACAUCCAGAGGUUUUGAACGUCAACCCUAGAUGAAGG